AUGAUUCCCCAAUCAGUCCUGAGAUCUAUAAUGGAACUCAGGACUCAGGUUAACAACCUAGAAGCCGAAAGGGUUGCAUUACAAGAUGAAAUUCAACAAUUAAACAAAAAAAUCAAAUAUAAUCAAAAACAGUUAAAAAUUCAAUCUCCAAUCAUUGGUGUUACAGAUGUAAUGGCAAAAAUAAAUUAUACCAUUGAAAAUAACCUCAAUGAUAUUCGUCGAGCAAAAAUUCAUAAAAAAUUAUUGAAUCGAGAACUAAAUACAAUUAAAAAACAGCUUUCAGAAGAUCAAACAUUUGAAAAAAUCGAUCCAAAUGAAAUACUGACAAGUGAAAAUCUUGCCAAACAAUACUAUAUCCUAUUAAAAGAAAUGUUUGCUGCUCCUCCAUUCCCUGAUGAAAACCUUAUCUAUCGCGCUAAUUGGCGAGUUGCAAAUUCAAAACCUCACGAUGUCGAUACACAAUUUCGAGAUAUUAUCGAAAAUCUACAUAAAUUUGCAGAACCAUUCGAGUCUUUAGAUAUCGAGCAGAAGAGAUUUAUUGUUAAGCAAGCAGGUUUUGCCAAAAAAGCUAUGAACAUGAUUAUCAAGGAUUUCAUACAGCUAGAUAAGCAAGAAUCUCUGAAUAUAGAUGUUCCACACGUUACAUAUGAAAAAGUUCAGUGUGCAAAUGAUUUUGCAUAUCUGAAAUAUGCAAUCGAUAGAAUCUUUCGCUAA